AUGAAAUUGAUUACGUCAACAGAUACCAGAUAUUCCCAGCAGGAACAGAAAUAUGAAUUAAAUUGACAUGUUUUCUAUAAAGUUGGAAAUUGUUUUGCUUUUAUGGGUAUAUUUGACCGUGUAUAACGUUAAGUGCAAAAAUCAAAUCGUAUGCGAAUUAGCUGCAUUCAUCGAGGAUAAAGAUGAAAAUAAUGCAAGACCUAUAGAUGCAGGGAAAACUAUUUCUGAAUUCUCUUCCUGCAGCAACGAAAAUGAGGAGGAAUGCAAAAGCACAGUGGAAAAACAGGUUAUUGAAGGGACAAAUGGCGGAAAUUUCACUCUAACUGUGGAUGAUAAAGAGGGUUACACAGUUGGUGAUAUUCUGUGUGAUAAAGCAGAUGCGGUAGAAGAAAAUGUGCGUUGGAAAAUAAUUCGCAUUUACUGGAGGCUAUGUGAGAAAGAAUGGAAGAAAACUUCUUUCAGAAUGCCAGAAUUCUUAUGCUGUGAGGAUGGCCUCUACAUUCCAUGUCAGUUAAUAAAGUCUACGUAA